UAUCACUAAAGGGGCGAAAAACAGAAGAAGACGCAAAGUAGCACUUUUAUACGAGUCUACACUGGAAAAAUGGCUCAUUUGGAGACGCUGAAUUCGUUUUUCUGUGAUCGUUUAAUGGCUGCAGCAGCAGAAAUAUUCCAAGUAGUUAAGGACACUGUUUCUCAGUAUCAGGAAGAAAUAGACCGCUCCACACAGGAGAAUAUUUAUCUGAGGAAAAUGCUAGCGGAAGUUAGCAUCAACAAUGGACCAGUUUCUACAGGUGCACAGACUAGCCGGACAGUUGGAUUUCCUCCAGAUCAGCAGAGCAGUAAUGAAGAGGUGGUGGACUCGGAAACCUCACUAAUACAGGUGAAGCUGGAGCUUAGCACCAUGCAGCAGGAUCUCAGCAUCGAAGAGCAGGAUGUCGAAGCCCAGCAGCCGGCAAGGAAUGCACCUACAUGCCAUGUCCCUUCAGACCCUGCUGAGGACGUGACGGUCAAGCUCGAGGACGGUGACGCCGAGGUGGAUUGCAGUGACGAGUUAACCACUGAAAGUCAGUUCGAACCAAACCCCCAGUCCUUCUCUCAGCAUGACUUCUCGAACCUACCGUUUCACCUGCAAAGCCCGGCUGCGGAAAGACUCUUUCGUUCCAAGGUGCGCCGCAAACCUCUCAGGAGCGAUGGGAAUUCGAAGGGGCGCAAGCUUGCACGCUGCAAAGAGAAAAAACUACGCUGCGAUCUGUGCGGGAAGUGGUACAGCACUCCUCACUCACUCAAAAUCCACCUGAGGACGCAUACGGGAGAGAGGCCGUUUCCCUGCAAGUUCUGUGUGAAGACUUUCCACCAGAAAGCGCACUUAAAGGAACACGAGAGGACACACACUGGGGAAAAACCUUACAGCUGUUCAGCUUGUGCGAAACGUUUCAGUCGGGCUCAGCAGGUCAGAGUACACAUACACUAUCAUCAUCAACACCAAGCGGCUACGAUUAUUAAAAACCAACAGUGUACGGAAUCCUGUCACACUGAACACUGCAUUUCAGUAGGGCACGACUGCAACGGACUGAUGAAUAGUGCAAAAAAAAAAAGGUAUCAAGCGCCUCAGGGGCCUACUACAGGCCGCUCUGUUCUGCACUACAUUUCGUCACGGGUCUUUUAUUUUGAAAUCCGAUGUGACGAGCGGCUCUGUACACACACACACACACACACACACACACAUAUAGCAGAAUCUAAAGGUUAUUUCGACAUGGCGUCUACUACUCAAAAGCCUAAAAUUGACUCGCUGAAUGCUUUUGUCCACCAGCGUUUGACGAACAUCGCAGGAGAGAUCUGUCAGCUUUUUCAGGAGACUCUGGCCGCGUACCAGGAGGAAAUAAACCACUCCAAACAGGAAAAUGUUUAUCUCAGGAAAAUGCUGGCUGAAAUCACACUCGACAGAACAGACAGGCUAGAUGCACAGACCAGCCAAGGAGAUGGAUUUCUUCCAGAGAAGCAGAACUCCAGCCAAGCAAAAAUGGACCCCGAGACGUCAGUAAUACAAGUGAAACUGGAGCUUAGUACCACGCAGCAGGAUCUUGAACUACCAAAACAGUCAUGUGCUACUCAUGCUUGCAGCCCUGAACGGUCUGACAGAGCUGAAGAACCACAUCACGAUAUCGCAGAUGAACAGCGAAGUCACACUGAUGGAGUUCCUGUUCCUCUUAAACAGUCAAACUUCAACCAGGAGCCACAAGACUGCAAUCCCUCACAAAUCCAAGUGAAGCUGGAACCUUUGACGGGACAUGAGAAGGCUGAGUCACAAGAGCAACCGCGUGAGGCUUCUUCAUUCAGUUCCUCCCCUGUAAGGACUGCCAGUAGACAUGGGCAGUCUCACGCUUUCUCUGUUAAAACGGUGAAUGUUCUGGUAAAAAAGGGUCAUUGUUCAACCACAGCCUCACCCGUAGCAGUCUCAAGCAAACCAGAAACGUGGAACCGUACAGGAUUGUCCUCCGAUAUCUCAUCUACACCUGGGAAAAGUGAAAUUCAGUUAGAGCCUUCUAUAAAAGACGAGCCCGUUUCCCAGCCCUCUUCUCAAUACGAGAAACUGCCGAAUGACCUUUCUCGUCUGAAAUCUCGCUUGCAGAGUCACGUUCCUUACAGGCCGCUCUACUGUGAUGUGUGCAGAAAGACUUUCCAGAACGAAUGGCAAUUGAAAAGGCAUUUGCUCAAGCACCAGAACAAGAGACCGAACUGCUGCGAGUUGUGCGGGAAGUGCUACAGUACACCACACGUGCUCAAAAUCCACCUCCGAACUCACACGGGAGAGAGACCGUAUCACUGCAAGUUCUGUGAAAAGACGUUUAGUCAGAUAGGUCACUUGAAGGGGCAUGAAAGGAUUCACACUGGAGAAAAAAUUUACAGCUGCUCAGUAUGUGGGAAAAGUUUCACUUGGUUGAGUCAAGCCAAAGAGCACAUUCGGAGCCAUCCUGGUCAGCCAGCUAGAGUUCAGAGAAAAAUCAACCAGUGAUGGAAAAAAUGUGGAAUACAUAUUGCUGAUGCUUAACUUUGAAUGGAAACAGGAAUGAUUAUGAGAGAGAAAACUGGUUAAAAGGCCUGUAGCUCAAAAGAGAUUUAAGUUAAAAGAUUAUUAAGAGAAUACCUCUGCUCCUGUAUCUCAGCUUCCAAUCAGUCCAUACAGGAUUUCACUUUUUUGUGAUAAUUGCGGCCAAAAAUGCUUGAUUUUGCUGCUUUUUUUUUUUUUUUUUUUUUUUUUUUUUUUUAAAUUUGAGAUUCAGCUUCCCGAGUAUUUUGGGCUUUUUUAAGCGGAAGACUACUUGAAUUGGCGAAAUUCCAAUUGCAUGAAUAGUCUUUCGCAGUAAUGUUUGUUGGUAAAUGAGACCUUUUAGCUGUACUCAUGUUCCACACACGUGAACCAAAGAGGGCUUUGACUGAAUGUGCGUCGUGAUGAUGUCACACGACACGGCUUGGACCAAAUCUGUGGUAAUUUUAGAAAAAUCUCAAGAUCCUCUAAGUUUUGCGGAGUUUGCUUGAUUUUGCGUUAAUUUACGCGAUAAUGAAAUCCGGGCGAGACUGUCCGAUGGUUUAUUUGUUAUAAGUAUAACGAAUAAAAGACAUCAGGGCAUGCUGUUAUAUCAAAGUGAUCAACAGAGGGCUGGUGUGGUGGAAGCGGGGUUACUGUUACCAUCCCGAAGCUGAUUAUUUUCCACGUAACAACUCGUCCUGAAGUGUUUUGUUCCUCUUAUACCACGCUGAUUGAAAAAUUGUAUAAUUUCUAAUUUAUUAGUCAUAGUGUCAUACUUUUUACCCGUUUAUAGUUACAUUAAGUGUUGUGUAACAUCUGCAAGACAAAUUCAUUCUUGUUAUCAUGACCUGCAUUAUAGCAGCUAUAAACAACCAUUCUGUCACUGGGUAGUAAGACAAAAAAAAUGCAGAGAAAGCAGAAAGAGUAAACCGCUGAAAGACUUUAUGGUUUAUUGUUGCAUCUGAUUUAACUAUGCUGUUUUGGAAAUAAGGACACAGGAUGCUUUCUGAAUAUUCCAAUUGAUCAGUCUGCACAGGAUUUCGCAGCUUUUAUCGUAAUUGUUGUGGCCAGAAAUUAUUGAUUUUGCUGCAGCUUUUUUUCAAAGUUUGUGAUGCAACUUGCAAAAAAAAGCACAACUUGUGCUUUUUUUAGGCGGAAAACUACUUGAAUUGGCAAAAUUGCAAUUGCAGAAAAUUGUUUUGCACGUCCUUUCGCAGUGGUUUGUUGGUGAAUGGGACCUUUUAGCUGUACUCCUGUUCGGUGCACGUGACUCGAAGAGGGCUUUGCCUGAAUGUGCGUCGUGAUGAGGUUACAUGCCACGUCUUGACCCGAACCUGCAGAAAAUCUGCAAUCAUUUUGAGAAAUUGCAAGCUCCUCCGAAUAUUGCGGAGUUUGCUUGAUUUUGCAUUCAUUUCUGUAAUCGUGAAAUCCUGGAGGGACUGAUUGAUGUAUAAGUGACUCAUCAAUGCUAUGUCCUUCAGCCUGUGACCUGGAAAUCAAAUAUAAUGUCCACCAUCUUUAAGGUUGUAUCACUUUGUUAAAAGCACUCAGAGGAAUGAAGAGAGAUGAGGAUUUCUGGGCCAGAAUAAAUAAGUGCUUUUGAAUGAGGAGUUUAUUUAUUUAUUUAUUUAUUUAUUUAUUAUUACACCGUCAUGUAAACCUAUGGUGUAACUUUUCCACUUCUUCCAAAUAAUAAAGUCUUACCAAUAGGAAGAGGAAGAAAUAACAGUGGGUACAAAAAAAGUCAGGUGAUAAGUAGAAUCUUGUAUUCCCUAAAACUAAAAGUCUCUCUUUAUGCAUGUGGUGUACACAUGCAUAAAUAUUUUGAUUAUGUUAAUUGAGUGUGUAAUAAGACUCUUAUGUAUGUGCUAUGCUCUGUCAGUUGAGACGCCUGCGGAAGUCACUGAUGAGUGAGAAAUUGAUGCGUCUCGUUUAGCACAUUUUUUUUUCAGUGAUUCCUCCUGUCCUUGUUUCCUGUCCUCACAUCAUGCAGUUAAACUGGGAAGCACCACUGAACCAGCUGUUUUGAAUUGACACUAAGACUCCAGUUCAAUUCCUUCUGCUAGGAUUUGUUGUCAGUGUCUUAGCUGAACGUUAAUUGACAACACUGAACUUAUGAUCAUAUGAACACCUUUAUCAGAAUAUAAUGCCAAACUAUGACUUUUAACAUGCAUAAUAUUUUAUUCAUUAAAAUGAUGAUGAUAAUAAAUUUAUUUUCCUUA